AUGGCAUUUUUGUUCAGAAGUUUAAUCCCGUCUUCCGGUCUUGUUGCUACGUCCGUUGUAAGUAUAUUAUGUUCACAUAAAUAAUGCAUAAUUUCUACGAAUCAGAAUAAUUAAUGCGUAGGUAUAUAGGUGUGUAAUGAUUAUUUGUCGAUAAGUUAACACGUUCAUUACUGUUAACGUAAUAUCUACGUUUACAGACCGUUUGUUCUUGUCAAAUUUGUGUUUUACUAAUCUAUGUUGAAACAUUAUACAAAUCAGAUAAAAUAACUUUAACCCCGUUACAUGUUUUGGAAGAUCGCAUGAGUGUGUCCGUUUAAAUCUGAAUAAUCUGAUAUAGGUAAGUAAGAUUAAGUUUUAUACUUGAUUAAUAACUUAUGGGUAAUGACCAAUGUCAUUAUCUCCUGAUAAUAUAAAAUCUACAUGUUGACAAAUUGAUGUUCAGCUUUAACUUCAAGAUUUAAUCAUGUUAUUGACAUCAAUGAGUAACGUUUUAUAUGUAGCAGUAUUGGGCAUUGCUUUGGCAUUUGGUUAUUAUUGGUCUGUGAGUAAUAAAUUAGUAAUAAUUGUUAUUGUUUGUGUGAACUAUAGACUUAAAAUAGAUUCUAUUAUAAGUCUAUGGUGUGAACUUUGUAGAUGUACCAAAAUCUGUGUUUAAUUAUAUCAUUUGAUUAUAAAUUGAUUUAUUUUUCAUAGUUUUGUGAUUAGUUUCAGGCUAAAACUAUUAGUAACGCCGCUAAAAAUAUGACUGCAGAUUGGAAGAAUGCAACAUCUGUGUACGAUUUUACAGUAAAGAACAUCAAAGGAGAAGAUGUGUCAUUGGAAAAAUACAAGUAUGACAUAUUUCACUCUAUUGUGAAAACAACGAUAGUGUAAUUUUUUUGUUCCAUAGGGGUCAUGUAUUGAUCAUAGUCAAUGUAGCAUCCAAAUGUGGUUUUACUGCCAAACAUUACAAAGAGUUGAAUGAACUAGAUGAGAAGCAUCGUGAAAAGGGAUUAAGGAUUCUUGCUUUCCCGUGUAAUCAAUUUGGAGGCCAGGUAAAUAUCAAAUCAAAAUGUUGAUAACACAAUGAUCAUUUAGAAUUUGUAAAAUAAAAAAUAUAGGUAUAUGCGUACAUCUCAAGCACAAUUAUUAUAGAAGUGAUUUAGUUAAUCAUCAUUUAUUAAUUUAGUUAAAUUUUAAAUCUCAGUCCAUAGGUACUAAGGCUUGUUAUUAAAAUGUUUAGGGAAGUCCCAGUAACAGCAAUCCAUUCUUAUAACCUUCAAUUAAUGAUCAUAUAAUUGGCAGUUUUAUAUUAGCUAAUUGACAGUGAUCCCCAAAAUAACUAAUGACUGAAUUUUAUUGUUCUACGCAUUUAUAGGUAAACAUUGAAAAUAUCAUUUAUAUUAGUCGAGUUAUAUUGUUGUUAUAAUUCUGUAUGGUUAUUAUAAUUGUUAUUUUGUUUUAUAUUAUAGAAAAUAAUAUUUUAUACUAUAUUGAAAAUUAAUAAUAAGAUUAAUUUAUCUGAUAACUUAGCAGUUUACGAGCUUUUAUCAACACUUAACUGGACAUUGUAAGAAUGAGCCUUAGUUCAUAAUCCUUUAUUUAAUUAAUGAUUAUUAAAUACUAGCUGACCCGGCAAUGUUUUGCUUUUGCUAGGUAUUGGUUUAAAUAAUAAUAAUGUGUUUUUUGUCUGUGACAGCCAAAUUAUCACCCAUAUCGCCCAGGUAAUCUAUAAUCAGUAAAUCAAAUUUUAUUAAUGUUCUAAAAAUAUCAAAAUCCCUCCCGUCCAGCGUUGCCUGGGCCAAUUUAUUUGUUAUUUCAUCUGUAUCACCAAGGUUACCCAUGAAUAAACAAAAAUACCUAUAAACCUCUAUUUUACCCCUUUAGGGAUUAAAUUUUUAAAAAUUCUUUCUUGGCUGAUGCUUAUGUCUUAAUAGAUAUUUGUAUGCCAAAUUUUAGCCUGAUCUGUCAGUCGGGACAUGUUAUAUUAUAUAUUAUAUAGAUUUUAUUAAAUUUGUUAUUAUCCAAUUUAUGUAUGACGUAUGUUCUAUACUUAGUAGAUUAUCCUUUCUUAUUCAACUACUAUUAAAGUAAACAGGCUAUUAACUACUUUUAUACUCCUGUUUAUAGAAGUGCAUUUGUUGCACUUCUUUAUCAUUAACUUGAGUUAUGAUUAUGUCUGUGGGACACUGUAUGCUAUCAUAAUGUUAUUUUUACAUCCAUCCUUUCAGAACUUAAAACAUGAAUUCUUAUUGUUUAUCGUAAUUCAAAUAUGAAAUAUUAAUCUAAAUUAAUAAUUACUUCACUCCUAUAAACAAUAAAUUUAAUUUCUUCGCAACACUUGUACCUGUUAUUGCUAAUGUUUACAUCUUUAAAAAAAAUGAUUAAACAUUAGGUUCUAAUAAAUUAAAUUAAAUUUUAUUUACACAUGUAUGUUAGACAAAAUUUUUUUGUAAAAAUAAUUUUAUAAAUAACUAAUAAGUAAUAAACAAUUUCAAAUACAUUCAAUAUUGAGUUACAUUGAUAUAUUGAAAUGUGAUUGACAACUGAUAAUGCUCAAAUGAGAUGAAAAUAGAUGUGAACCACUAAGUUAAUAUAUGAUAAUCAGCAGAUUAUUUGGGCAAUAUAGGCAGUGGGUCCAUCCAUAGUAUAUGACAGAGGCGGCCAAACAGUUGAUCACGGACAAAUUAAAGUCGAUUAUGUUAGAAUUUAUUUUUAGGCCACGUGCAUGAAAAUUAAUCAUGGUGGUAGAUAAAAAUAUUGUUGAUAUAUUUUAUUUUUUAUUCUGGUUCUGUAUGUCAAAUGAUUAUCGUUCACAUAGUUGUUUCUAGUUCAGUAAUCUAGUUUUACUGUGUUAAUUUAGUUUCUGUUGUAUUAAAUUUAUAAUAACUUAUUUAAGUUCCUUAAAAUGUAUAAGUAUAAGUGCACACAAAAAACAAAAAUUUAUGGAUGUCAAUUCAUAAUACAAAGGUGAAGUAUAUUAUUUACUAGAUCACUCUCAAAAAAAGUUUGGUCACCCCUGGUAUAUGAUUUAAGGAAAAUAAGGGGAAUGGUAUCGGAAAAAAAAUAUAUAAGCUCCAAAAACUUAAUUUAUAAUUCUGCUCUAAGACAUAGAUAAACACAUUUUUUGAUAAUUAAUUAAAUUUUAAAAUGUAAGUCUAUCAUAUUUAAUUUGAAUCAAUUUUCCAAUUUAUUCAUUGUGUUUGAUGUUAUGCAAAUAAUUUUAAAUUGCACUAUAAAAGAAUUUCAUAAAACUUAGAAGAAUUUAGUACAUUAUUAUUUAUUAGCUUAUUAUAUAAUAUUUUAAAUUUUAUUAUUAUUAUUUCAUACUUAAGGAACCAGGUGACGCUGAUGCUAUUUGUAGCUUUGUUAAAGAACAAAAGGUUAAAUUUGACCUAUUUGAAAAAGUUAAUGUCAAUGGUAAUGAUGCAGAUCCAUUGUGGAAAUAUUUGAAAUCAAAACAAGGUGGUUUAUUGAUUAAGUAAGUAUUUAUUUAACUUUUACCAUAGCCUUAUAAGUUUGUGUUUAUUAACAACUUUUUUCACCAGAAAUCUUGCUCUGAUUAUCAAGUAUAGCAUCUUUUCUAAAGGCAAAUGUUUUUUAGUUUGUGUAUCAAGGAGGUCAUUUUUGAUUUUUAUUGUAUUUUUCUAAAUAAUGGCGAAAUUAUGGGAAAGUUUACUUAAUAUUAGAUAAAAUAUUAUGUUUGCUAAUAUAUAUUUAUGUUUUUUUUUUUUUUUUGUAAUCUGAUUAUAAAUAAUUAUAGAGAUCUGGCAUAUUUUAAAGAAUAAUACAGCCCUUUCUAGACAUAAUAAAAUUUUCAAAAUAUUACUAUUGUAUUUUUAACUAUUUGCUGUUAUUAUGUUUGAGUUUUUAAGUUUUUAUUUGAUUUUAUGUGGUUAAAAAUUGUUUGGCCCUGCCAAAAUGUUUAAACAUUUUACAUGAGUUUCAUCAUAAGUAGUAUUUAGUGAUUAACAAAAAGUUGAACAUAAUGCCAGUUUUCUUAUUUGCGUUUUAAGUUUGAAUUUAAAAACAUAAUUAUAGCAUUUCAAAACAUGAUAAAAUACAAUAAAAUUAAUUUUAGUGAAUUACUUACAGUUGUUUUCAACAAUGAUAUUGGCAUUACAUUUUUAUAAUUAUACAUUAUUUUACAUUAUUUAUGUCGGGACAAUAACAAACAAGUAUCUUCUUUAGCAAUGAUUUAACAUUAUGCACAGAUAUAAAUUAAAUUUCUCUAUAUAUUCUACUUUCCCAACUUCCUACCUAUUUUAGAUUCGGAUUAGAGUGACAAAUCUAUUGGUUUACUAUUAUCUAUUAUAAGUUUAUAUUAAGUACCUAUAUAACAUUUAUAAAUUUAUAAAUAACUGAUCCUGAAAAUUACAAUAUUAUUUAUUUUAUUUCAGUGAUAUCAAAUGGAAUUUUACCAAAUUCAUUGUAGACAAAAAUGGAUUGCCUGUUGAGAGAUUUGCUGCUAAUACAAGUCCAUUGGUAAUACAAUUUUUAUUAAGUAUUUUUAAUUGUUAAUUAGCCAAGUUUUUGAAAACGUGGAGUAAAAAUGCAAUUUAGCCUAUUCAAUAUUAUUUGGAGUAUGGAUAUUGCUACUAAUAAAGACUUUUUCUGACUUCUGAAACCUAAAGACCCCAUACAUAAGAUAAUUUGUUAUGCAACUUGGUAGUGUUAAUCAGGAUGUUUUGGCUAGUUUUUGUUUUAGGGGGCAAACCUCAGAUGUGGUUGUUGUAUUUGUGGCCAUGUCAUUAGUCCGCCUAUAGAUGAUAGAAACCAAAUAUAUCAUCAUUGAUAAAACAUUAUUUCAUAAAAAGUAUUUUAAAAUGUAGCUUUUGUUUUCUAUAUAAUGGACUCAAAUUAUAGUAUUUUUCUAUACAUACAUAUAUAUAUAUAUAUUAAUCAAACACAAUUCACCUGAGUUAAUAAACUAAUUUUAUCAUAUAUAAAUUAUCUUAAAACGGUUGGUCUGACAACAAGUUUAUCAAUAAAUUGUUUCAUGUAUACCCCAUACAUGGAUAUUAUAUAUUUUAGGUAUACAAAUUAUAUUUACCAAAAUGAUUUAUUAUUGAUAGUUGAUUGUAGAUAAAUAUAGUUUUAUAUUUAUGAAGCUAAUCAUUGGGCUAACAGAGAAGUAAUACAAUCAUUUUACUUUAUUAAUAUUAUUUAUUUUUACAUUAAAUUAUUUUUAAUAGAUUAAUAUUGGUUUAUUUUAACAAAAAUUAAAUGCACUUUGGUUUUUCAAAAAUAUUUUUAAAUUACAAACAAAGAAAUGUAGAAAGCAAUAUAAAAACACAUACCUAAUAUACUUAUUAUGUAGAAAUAUAUAUUAAUCAUUUAUCAUUGUCAUUAUGAAUUCAUUACAGGUAUUAUUGCUCAGAACUGAUAUGUCAAAUGUAUUUAUCUGUAAUCUAUAAUCUAUAAUUUAUUUUCACAAAUAUAUUAAACACAUUGUUUUUUAAAUAAUUUAUAUACUAGGAAUGUUAUUUUUUUGUUGAAUAUAUAAUUUCUAACAAAUAUUCAAAUAUAAUAUUAAAAAUUAAAUUUGAAUUGUUCAUAUUUAAAAAUAUUUUUAAUAAUUAUGUUGUGACUUUUUUUUUUCAGGACAUGGAAAAGAAAUUGAACAAAUAUUUUUAA